AUGACAAGGGAACGGGUUGAUCUUGACAGGAAACUACGGUCUACCCUUCGAGAAGUCUUCAAGCCAAAUGUCUGUAUCCUCCUCUCUCUCAACGUUAGUAAACUGGAGGAAAAAUCAGUUUCUGUUACUCGCAUACCUUCUCUAUCAGAUAAUGAGCUGCUGGAGGAUAUAUGCCCAACAGGGUAUCUUGUCUUUCUUAUUUCAGUCUACAUGUCACCCGAGGCAAUUACUGGAAAGUUUUGCAGGAAGGCAAUGUCUGAGAGAUUGAAGGAAGUUAUUACCUUCAUUGCCAUAGAUGAAGCUCAUUUAAUUGAAGACUGGGGUAAAUUUCGCCCUGCUUAUAAAGAGCUUAACUAUAUCCGUUCCUGUCUACCGUUUGUCCCACUCAUGGCUCUUUCAGCAACAGCUCCACAACAACUUAUUGUUUCAGUCACUCAACAGCUAAAUAUGCCUGAUUAUGUCCUAGUGUCUGGAUCCUUGAAUCGGCACAACCUCUUCUUUUCUUUGGAUUCAUCCAAGUGUAUGUUGUCUGUCUUUCACUUACUUUCUUCAAUGUUGUCAUCAGUGAAGUCUCCAGAAGUAAUUCCUAAGACAUUGAUAUUUUGUAGGGCUAAGGACACCCUGUAUAGUGUUUAUGUCCAUCUCGUCCGUAGCUGUAGUGCUGCCACCAAGGGCUGUGUAGGUCAGUAUCACGCGACGAUGUCUCUAGAGUGUCGGUCACAACACUAUGAGAAUUUUAAGAGUGGAAGGCAGAGAGCAAUGGUAGCCACAAGUGCAUUUGGUCUUGGUAUAGACAUUGAUGAUAUCACUGAAGUGAUCUUGUUUGGUGUGCCAGACAAGACAUCAGAAUUGGUGCAGUUAGCUGGUCGUGGAGGAAGAGACUCAAGGCGAUUGUGUCUGGUUAGAUUUGUGGCACAUGCCCGUGAUCUUAAAGACACUGGGCCUGACGUCUUAAAACUUUGUUCAAAUACAUCUUGUUUGCGGAAAGUAAUAAUUCGUGACAUUUUGCAGUCUGAGGAGCUUUUACCAGCCUCUGAUUUAUGUUGCUCUUUCUGCUCCUCUAUUGAACGUCCACGUGUGUUUGUCACCAAAAUACCAUGUACAGAUGAUGGCACUCCAAUUCCUUGUAGAUCUGGAGCUUUGAGAUCACGUCGAGUUCUUGCAGGGCAAAGAGUUGCAUUAAAACAAUCGUUGCUAAAGUUUAGGGAAACUGCAGGAGGCACACGAUUUAGGCGGAGAGGUCUAGAUGGAGUACUUUCCAUGGCAGUGAUUGACAAAAUUGUAAAGAGAUGUAAUAAGAUUUGUUCAGAAGAAGAUGUGGUACCACUAGGCGUGGUAAAAGAGUUCAGUGCACCUGUAUUUCAAUUAAUCGAGGGUCAUAUACCUAACACUGUAACCCAAAUUGCUUUGAGGCGUACAAGUGAUAACACAGAUGUAAUUAACUGUAGAGCGCUGUAG